GUGCGAAUAAAGGUGCGAAAAAAUGGGAAGUGAAAUAAUCAGAAGAAGCGUAAAAUUAGCAUCGAUGCUGGAUACCCGCAUAAACGCGGAGAAAUUUUUAUCCAAAAUAUCCGAAGUUUCGAUCGAUGCUAAUUAUUUGCUUUUCACACGUUUUUCGUGCAAAUAUUCCGAUACAAUAUUGGGAGAUCAGUUAGGAUACUUUGAUGCUGACGCGCGGUUACUCCGGAUUGCCGGAGAAAUAAUCGAAACGCGACGUGCAUUUGGACACGAGGAGGAGAAUGUGGGUGGACACAUCCAAAAUCUCCUCUCGCAUUUCUAUAAUAAAGAAAAUGUUCGUCAAAGAAUCAUUGUGUUAGUGAAUCCUCUCACACAGAUUCGGAGGCGACGCGCGAAGGAAGAGCCAGAAGCAGGACUAGCGCAAAGAGCACGUAUUGUAUUAACGCAGGAAUUGGAGGAGAAGGCGACUCCAGAAAUUAUUCAGUUUUCGUCUGGUUUACAUUUGCAAAUAAUCUCUAAAACAAAUAGUAAAAGAUAAAAAAUCUAAACAACUUUGUUUUUCAGAUGCGGAAAUAAGUACUCCCGAUCCGCAUGUGUUCUCGCCUAGUAAGUUCAUAAAAAGAAAAAA